UAUUAAUAAACGAAAUAAACGUUGACAGCCGCAGCACGUGACAGCACGAGGGUCUACCGGACACUCUCCGGUUACCGUCAGCAGCGCGUGACCGUUGACAGCGGCAGACGCGCAUGCGCGUGCGGGAAUAUUCGGUCCCGUUAUUUCCCCAUCAUCACGAUUCCCCCGUACGGUACCGAACGGAACACACCCGGUGAGAGCCACGGAAUCCGGAUCAAUAAACGCGCUAUGAGCGGCGGCGUGUACGGCGGAGAUGAAGUGGGAGCUUUGGUGUUUGACAUUGGCUCUUUCUCCACUAGAGCAGGAAAUGCAGGAGAGGACUGUCCCAAGGCGGAUUUCCCCACCACUAUAGGAGUGCACACAGAGGAGGAGGGGCAAGCUGACAUGGGGGCGGAGCAAGAGAUCAACAGUGGGCGGAGUUACUACAUUGACACCACUGCACUUCAUGUGCCACGGGCCGGUGUAGAGCUCAUCUCUCCACUCAAGAACGGCAUGAUUGAGGACUGGAACGCUUUUCAAGCCAUAAUCGACCACAUCUACAGCAAACACAUCAAAUCUGAGCCCAGUUUACACCCUGUUCUGAUGUCCGAACCUCCCUGGAACUCACGGGCGAAGAGAGAAAAGCUCACUGAACUCAUAUUCGAGCAUUACAACAUUCCCGCCUUCUUCCUGUGCAAGACCGCCGUGCUCACCGCCUUUGCUAACGGUCGAGCCACCGGCCUGGUGCUGGACAGCGGAGCCACACACACCACUGCUAUCCCAGUGCAUGAUGGGUACGUCCUGCAGCAAGGGAUCGUGAAGUCUCCUCUGGCCGGUGAUUUCAUUAGCAUGCAGUGCCGCGAGCUGUUUCAGGAGAUGAACAUCGACACGGUUCCUAAGUACAUGAUUGCAUCAAAGGAGCCCGUGAGGGAAGGAGCUCCGCCGCUCUGGACCAAGAAAGACAAACUCCCUCCAGUCACCAAGUCCUGGCACACGUACAUGUGUAACGAGGUGAUUCAGGAUUUCCAGGCAUCAGUGCUGCAGGUGUCAGACUCUCCGUAUGAUGAGCAGGUUGCUACACAGAUGCCGGCGCUGCACUAUGAGAUGCCGAGUGGCUUCUGCACAGAUUUCGGAGCCGAGAGAUUACGGAUUCCAGAGGGCCUGUUCGAUCCCUCCAACGUGAAGGGUCUGUCUGGAAACACCAUGUUGGGUGUCGGACACGUCGUCACUACCAGCAUCGGCAUGUGUGACAUCGACAUCAGGCCGGGUCUGUACGGCAGCGUGAUGGUGACGGGGGGAAACACACUCCUCCAGGGCUUCACCGAGAGACUCAACCGAGAACUGUCUCAGAAAGCUCCUCCGAGCGUGAGACUGAAGCUCAUGGCCUGUAACAGCUCCAUCGAGAGGAGGUUCAGCUCCUGGAUCGGAGGAUCUAUUCUCGCCUCACUGGGAAGCUUCCAGCAGAUGUGGAUCUCAAAGCAGGAGUAUGAGGAGGGAGGAAAGCAGAGCGUGGAGAGAAAAUGCCCCUGAAACACACACACACACACACACACGCUCUCUCUCUCACACACUCACAC